CACAAUGGAGAGUACGUAUCCUGGCUGUAUUGCUACGACCCCAUCAUGGAUGUGUGGGCCAGGAAACAGGAUAUGAACACAAAGAGAGCUAUUCAUGCCCUGGCUGGGAUGAACGACCGCCUCUACGCUAUCGGGGGCAACCAUCUGAAAGGGUUCUCUCACCUGGAUGUGAUGCUGGUGGAGUGUUACGACCCCAAAGCAGACCAGUGGAACAUCCUCCAGACGCCCAUCCUGGAGGGCCGCAGUGGCCCCGGCUGUUGCAUACUGGACGACAGCAUCUUCCUAGUGGGCGGAUACAGCUGGAGCAUGGGAGCCUACAAGUCUUCCACCAUAUGCUACAGCCCAGAGAAGGGGACCUGGACAGAGCUAGAGGGAGAGGUGGCUGAGCCCCUAGCAGGCCCAUCCUGCUCCACUGUCACACUGCCUGCCUGUCUGCCCUUCAACAAAUAACACAUCGCUAGGUAAAGAGCAGGAUGAGGAGGGAAAUAGGUGAGGAAGAGGAUGGGGGAUGGAGAAAAGGACCAUCAAUAAACGAACAUUUGUAAACAAAUUUUGUGAUGAAGUACUCCAAUCAGCCAAUGGGAUGUGUGUAAAUUAUUUUUUUACAGGUUUGACAAAAGAGCACUUUCGUUAUUAUUGCCUACUGAAGGUUUGAAAAAGUAAGUAAUCAUGUAUUUCAUGUAUUUAAAUCCCCAUCUGUGUUGAACAUUUUCCAGAAAAUAGUCACAUUUCAUGUCAGAUUUUUUCUUUAAUCGAUAGUAAGUGUUUUUGGCUUAUCUUGAUAUAGCACGCAUAGUGUUUAACUGAAUUGUUAUAGCUUUAAAAAAUCAAUUUGUAUCUUGUUAUUAGUAGGAGACAUAAAUCCAAAACAGAAUGCAGUGUUGUUAAAAAGACUUGACACUGGAAACAAACUGUCUGUCGACCAAAUCACACUGAAACUGAGUUCUGGUUAAUAUGCUCUUUUUUUCCCAACCAAAAUCAUGAUUCUGUGUACAGUAUAUUGUAAACCAGAGACUAACUAACAGUUCAUCUGCAGCAAAUGAAUCAUUCUUUAAGCUGCAAGCGAGAACAAUUUUUACAUUCAACAUCGAUUCUGACCUUUGUAAAAACGGCACUAAAAAACGAAUAUGGUUAUUUAAGGAUGUUACAAUCAAAUGAUUAUUAUUCAUUGCUAGCCAUUGGUAUACACGGGUAGCAAGUUUAACUGAGUGAUAAGGUAGGUUUUAUGUUUUAUGUUCAAUGUUACCUGUUAAUGUUUAACAGAGCCUAUUUCCAGAGAGCACACAAUAAAUUCCUCAAAAAGGGUACAUCCCAUUUACGAUUAUGAUAAAGCACAGAGUGGUCCUCAAUGCACUAAUGGUGAACCUUAAAAACAGUUGUGUGUAAGAAUGGUUCACAAAACUCAAAGUUGAAUUGCUGUUACCUUUAGUAUGCUAUGUUCAGAAACAUGAUGAAAAGUGAAUUCAACUGUCAUGUCCGCAUUCUACUAUUUUGUCUAAGUAAGUGUGCAAGGUCCACACCUGAAUAUUGGUACCUGUUGAAUUACAUAUAGAUACGGUAUGUUCCUUUUUUCUUGUAAAUAAUAGCUUGCAGUGGAACAUUUUUGUGCACUCAACCUGGGAUUUAUUCUCAAAUCCUGUUAUGUCCUUUGCAUUUUAGAAUAUGAAAAUAAAAAGGAAACUUGACAAUUA